AUGUCUGGUGUCUUCCAGCGAAGCACGCACAACAACACGCUGACCCUCAUCUGGGCGUCUGGUGGGCGCCAUGUGGUCGACAACUCGGCCGGUGUUGGCAUCACGAUGUCCCUCUGCGCUGGCAGUCUAGUGGACGUAGACACAGUUGGAUGA